CUGUAUCCUUGCACAUUCUGGUGAGCUUUCCUUACCAUUGUUUAAAGUCUGUUUUGUGUUUUAAAGAUCCAUUGUGAAGUUUCUUAAUGUGACUUCUAAGUCUAGAGCUUAUGAAUAGAUGAGUCAUGUGUUUUAAUCGAUUCAGACUUAGUUUUGUCUUGGUGUCUUGUUGUUUCUACUGAUGUUUUCCUGAAAGAUUUGUGCCUUUGAAUCAGUGUUCUGAAGUUAUACUCUGGUUUCUCUUCAUAUGGUGUUAAGUCUUUCCCCUUUUACUAAAGAGCUUUGAACUGGGUAGUUUAAAAGACCCAGAUUCUAGUUUAGUUUGGCUUCUAGCUCACUUUGUUAACUUUGGUUGUGAAGUUUGUAUCCACGAAACAAAUAAGUUUGACAAAAAUCCAUGAUUCACAUACUGAUUUUACUAUGGACUGGGUAAGUUAUUUGAAUUCUAAUCUUGUGUGGAUACAAAAAUUGGACACAAAAUUCUGGUAGGGUUGGCAUAGGAUGAAGGAAACUUUAUUUAUUUAUUGAGUGCUUACUAUGUGCUAGAUGCUGUUUAUUUGCCUUAUUCACUAACCUGUGAAGAUUUUAUCUCUGUGUUUUAGUUACAGAAAUAUGAGAUACAAAGAAGCUAGGAUACUUAUUGAGCUAGUAAGGGCAGGAUCCAGAACUUCGGCCAAAGUCAAUUUCAUUCCAAAGCCAGUGUUCUUUUUGUUGCAGUUUGCAAGCCGUUCCAGACUUUUCUAACGGAGUGGCCUUUAGGACAAAUGAUAGGUGUUGUAUAUGUCUCUUGAAGAAAGUACUCUCUGUUGCAUGUGAUACUACUGGUAGAAUACCUGCCCUCACCACCCCCCCCUUUUUUUUUGAGACAGAGUCUUGCCCCAUCGCCAAGGCUGUUAGAGUACACUGGUGAUCACAGCUCACCACAGCCUUGAACUCCUGGGCUCAAGCAGACCUGCUGCUUCAGCUUCUUGAGUAGCUAGAUCUACAGGCAUGUGCCACCAUGCCCAACUAACUUUGUAAUUUUUAUUUUGUAGAGACAGGGUCUCACUAUGUUGCCCAGGCUGGUUUCAAACUCCUGGCCUCAAGCGAUCCUCCUACCUUGGCCUCCCAAAGUGCUGGGAUUACAGGUGUAAGCCACUGAGCCAGAGCAAAAUGCUCUUAAGAUACAAAAACUAGAGUGGAUAAAUAAACUAUUUCUCUGGAUCUUUGAUUAAGACUGCACACCCCACGGUAGUGCAGUUAUUCCCAUUGUGCCUGUAAGUGUGCUUUACCAUCCUGAGUGAAGAGUGAAGGGACCAUGAUUAAAAUUCCCAUGGCAUUGUAUGGUUUUAUGAUUGUGGUUUCAAGUCUUGCUCUCUCUCAACUAAUUUUUGUGACCUUGGACUAGAAAAUAGUUUUUUUUUUUUUUUUUUGGAGCUGCAGUUCCAUUGUGUGUAAGAUGGGAAAAACAGUACCUAUUUUAUAUACCAUAUUGCUCGUUGCUGGACACAUAUGUGUCCAGCAAGCAUUUAUUUUUUGUCUGUGGUUGUACCUAUAAUUGGGGAGAAUUUUUUUUCUUUAAGUGUAGAUCAAUUAUGGUAUAGGACAUUGGAAGGUAGAAGAAGAGGUACUAUAUACAGCAGUUACUGACCUUUCCAGUCUGAAUUCCUAUUUAGAAAUAAACUAGUUAUGUUAUUUGUGUUACUGUUUUAGGAGACAUGAAUUGGCUAAUAAGUUGUUCGCAGUGUUGUUUCUUUGCUAAUUUUUCUAAAUGUAAUUAGAUUUCAUAACAUUUUGUGAUAGGAGAACAUAGACACUUUGAGAGAAAAAUGCAUAAUAAAAGCUAAUUUGAUGGUUUCUAGGGGUAAUUCUAUUUUGAAAUUCCUUUCAGCAGACAAUAUGAAACAGCAUAUUAUGGGCUAGGCCCUGAAAGAACCAAGGGAGAGUAAAGCACAGUCCUAGGCCACAAAGAGUGUGUCUCUGGAGGAUAAGAUCUCUGGAUUUUUUGUCCUACUUACAAAACAGAAAUAAUACAUUUUAUGCUAGUUACAAGUAGUAUAAGCUCAUUGAAGAAAUAUUUAAGCAGAAGGAAUGUGCACCAGCCACUAGGAAUGCAAAGAUAAUUGGGGUAUAGUGAGAGAUAUGGAAAUUUGUUGUGUAACAAUGUUAGAGUACCAACUUUGUGGUAUACAGGCUUCUAAGGAACACAGAUGAGGGAUGAGGGAUGGGACGGGUGUGCUGGGUCUUUUUUUUUUUUGGCACGGAGUCUUGCUCUGUCGCCCAGGCUGGAAUGCAAUGGCGCGAUCUGGGCUCAUUGCAACCUCCGCCUCCUGGGUUCAAGAGAUUCUCCUGUGUCAGCCUCCCGAGUGGCUGAGACUACAGGCAUGCGCUGCCAUGCCUGGCUAAUUUUUUUUUUAAAUUUUUUUUAUUUUUAGUAGAGACAGAGUUUCACCAUGUUGGCCAGGCUGUUCUUCAACUCCUGACCUCAGGUGAUCUGUCUGCCUUGGCCUCCCAAAGUGCUGGGAUUAUAGGCAUAAGCCAUCGUGCCUGGCCUGUGCUGGGUCUUAAAGCAUGAGUAGGAAUUUGCCAGGCCUGGGUUGAGGAGAGAAAGAAUGGAAUGAUGGUUCUGCUGUGAUACACUGUGUGCAAAGAAACAGACGUCAGAGAGCUUGGUGUGUUUGAGCUCAGUGAGCAGUGAGGUGUAGAAUUAUUUUGUGUGGAUAGGGUGUGGUCACCGAAUUAGGUUAGAAAGUCAAAAUGGGGUGGGUGGAAGCGUCUUUUACUUUGUCCUCUUGAAGCAAAAGGGAGGAUAGUCUGGUUUUGUUUUGGAUACCUUAUUCUGAGAGCAGUAGAGGAUAGUGGCUUGGCAGAGGGAGAAGGGAGCAUUGCCUCUCAGACAAGUUAGAGGAGGCCAUUACCAUAGUUUAGGACAGAUUGUGAGGGCUUGAAUGCAGUGAGGUUGGAAGGGAGCCAGCAGAUCUAAUGGACAUUUUGAAAGUUGAAUGGAUGAAACUUGGUGAGUAGAUGGUGGGAAUUAGGAGGUGGUAGUUGUCCAGAAUAACUGGAAAUUUCUAGCACAGGCUGCUGGGUGAAUGAGAGUGCACUGAGGGGCAUGAUUCAUUCUGGCAUGGGAGAGGAGUUGGCUUCCUGGAAGUGGUAAUGUUUGAGUUUGGCUUAGAUUACCUCAUUCAAAGUGGUUCUUGAUUUUGCCCACAAUCUAUUUUAGAGUCCAUUUAUUCAUCUAGAAAGUACCAACUGCUUACUGCAUGCCAGUAAUUGAUAUUUUAAGAAUAUUAAAAAAUGUUAAUUGUGAUAAAACACACAUACCAUAAAAUUUACCAUCUUAACCAUUUACCGUCUUAAUCAUUUUUAAGUGCAGAGGCAGUGGCAUUUAGCUCUUUCACACUGUCGUACAGUCAUCACCACUGUCCAUUUCCAUGACUCUUUUCAUGUUGCGGAACGGAAAUUUUGUACCCAUGGAACAAUAACUCUCUAUUUCUCUCUCCUCCAUGUCCCUGGCAAAUACUGUUCUACUUCCUGUUUCUAUGAAUUUGACUAUUCUGGGUACUAUAUGUAAAUGAAUACCACACAGUCUGCGUUUUUGUGACUGGCUUACUUCACUUAGCACAAUGUCAUUAGAAUUCAUCCAUGUUGUAGCAUGUGUCAGAAUGUAUUUCCUUUUUAAGGCAGAAUAAUAUUCCAUUGUAUGUAUAUACCACAUUUUGUUUAUCCAUUCAUCCACCAAUGGACACUAGAGUUGUUUCCACAUGUGGGUUAUUGUGAAUAAUGUUGCUUUGACCAUGGGUGUACAGACAUCUUUUGAAGUCCCUGCUUUCAGUUCUUUGGCGUAUGUACCCAGAGCUGGAAUUGCUGGAUCAUAUGGUAAUUCUAUUUUUAAUUUUUUGAGGAGCUGCCAUACUGUUUUCCAUAGUGGCUGUACCAUUUUACAUUUCUAACAGCAGUGCACAAGUGUUCCAGUUUCUCUGUACCCUCACCAACACUUGUUAUUUUCUGUUUUUGUGACAGUAGUCAUCUUAUAGUGUGUGAAGUGAUAUCUCAUUGUGGUUUUGAUUUGCAUUUUUCUAGUAGUUAAUGAUGUGAGCAUCUUUUUAUGUGGUUAUUGGCUAUUUGUAUAUCUUUUUUGGAGAAAUAUUUGUUCAAAUCCUUUGCCUGUUUUUUAUUUUUAUUUUAUUUUAAUUUAAUUAUUUUUUUGAGAUGGAGUUUCACUCGUCGCCUAGCCUGGAGUGCAUAGGCACGAUCUCUGCUCACUGGAACCUCCACCUCCCAGGUUCAAGCGAUUCUCCUGCCUCAGCCUCCUGAGUAGCUGGGAUGAAAGAUGUGCACCACCACACCCAGCUAAUUUUUUGUAUUUUUAGUGGAGACAGGGUUUCAUCAUGUUGUCUAGGCUGGUCUUGAGCUCCUGACCUCAGGUGAUCUGCCUGCCUCGGCCUCCCAAAGUGCUGGGAUUACAGGUAUGAGCCACCAUAUCAGGCCCAUUACCCUUUUUUUAAAUUGGUUGUAGGAAUUAUUUAUGUAUUCUAAAUAUUAAUCUCAUAUUAAAUAAGAGUUGCUAGAGUUUUUUCCCAUUCUGUGGGUUGCCUUUUCACUCUGUUGAUUAUAUUCUUUGAUGCAGCUAGUAGUAGUUUUUUUUUUUUUUUUUUUUUUUUUUUUUGAGACAGAGUCUCACUUUGUCUGUUGUCCAGGCUGGAGUGCAGUGGUGCGAUCUUGGCUCACUGCGAGCUCCGCCUCCUGGGUACACACCAUUCUCCUGCGUCAGCCUCCCGAGUAGCUGGGACUGCAGGCGCCCGCCACCACACCCUGCUAAUUUUCUUGUAUUUUUAGUAGAGACAGGGUUUCACCGUGUUAGCCAGGAUGGUCUCUAUAUCCUGACGUCGUGAUCCACCCCCCUCGGCCUCCCAAAGUGCUGGGAUUACAGGCGUGAGACACCGCGCCUGGCCUGAUGCAGCUAGUAGUUUUUUAAUGAACCUUAAAUUAAAAGGGAGGUUGUUACUUUUAUAGUAACUUUAUUGAGCUCAAAUGAAGGAAUUAGUUUCCUCCAUUUUCCUUUAGAGGAGUAUGAUAUAAUUUUAUAAUUUGAAAAAGGGUUGGUAUUCACUUUUUCUGGAAUUUUCGUUUCUAGGUAUGAUUUAUGACCUAGUAUCUUUUGAGUAAUGUUUCCUUCCUUUCUUUUUCAUGGCCCUCAGGUGUGGUUAUUAGAAUAAGCAUCAUGACCAUGACUUCCCCGGGCUGGUCGCUCAUCACCAGCUGUCCAGUUAGAAGCAAGUCUGGUCAUACCUGCUUUUGUGUACCAUGUCUUACAGUUGUAGUUGUCUUGGGGCUGUCUCCCUACUCAUGCCCUUCUUGUCGACUUUCACCUGGGUCAUGAGAAUGGCUUCAAAAUAGGUCUUCUGCUUCAGAUUUCUCUUAUUUUUCCUGUACACUGUUUGGACUGGCCUUUCCAAAACACCUUUCAGGGGCUUUGUGAUGCUUUCAGGAUCAAGUUCAGACUACUAAGCUUGGCAGUCCAACUCCUUCUACCUUGACCUUAACCCCCCUUUGCAGUUUUUUUCUUCCCUGGUCAUUAGUAUAUUGGCAGUAUUAGUCAAGGCAUUUUAUCUUCCUUGGACUGGGGUAAGAUGCUUGAUAGGUGGGCCAUUUCUCUUCUGCGACUCUCAGAUUUACCAUCUGUCACCUGGACGUGCUUGUGCUGUGCUCUCUGCUUGGAAUGCUGUCACCUCUUCACCUUGCCUGGUUUUUCAGGGCCUAACUCAAAUCCCUUUCCUCCUUGAAUCCUUCUCUAGCUGGUCCAGCCCAUAGAGAUCAUUUUCCGUUCUCAGAAUGAUUAUGGCAUUUAUUUUCUGUGCUGUUUCAUUGGGCAAUUGAUUGUAAAUGGCUCUGUAUUGUGUUAGCUUUUUGUGUGUUUUUAAGAAAAUGUUCUGUCCCCUUUAGUUCCUUGUAGUAGUAAUCAUGACUUGUUCUCUGUACAGGUUCUACACACGUAGGUAAUUGAUGGAUCUUCAUUGAUCCUAUAACAUUGGUUCUCCAAGUGUAGUCAGUAGACCAUUGAACAUUCCUGAGACUCUUUCAGUGAGUCUGUGAGGUCAACACAUGAAAACAUUAUUUACCUUUUUAUAGUGUGCAGACAUUUGACCUGAUAGUGCAUAGUGCAAAAGCAACAAUGGGUGAAGCUGCCGAUGCCUUAGAAUCAAUCACGACAGUGAACUAAACUGAGCUCCAGUAGUCACGGUAUUCAUUACAGUCAUGUACUGUGAGUGAGAAAUAAUGCCAAUUCCACUUAAUGUCUGUGAUGAAGUAGUGAACAUUAUUACUUUUAUUAAAUCUCAGCCUUUGAGCACACAUUUAAAAAUGUGGGAAGAAAAGGGAAAUAUGCGCAAAGGAGUUCUGCACGUGGAAGUAUUGUGGUUGUCUUGAGGUAAAGCUCUCGUGUGAUGGACAUUAAGGUGAACUAACUGCUUUUUUUUUUGAGAUGGAGUCCUGCUCUGUCCCCCAGGCUGGAGUGUAGUGGCACGAUCUCGGCUCACUGCAAGCUCCGCUUCCCGGGUUCACGCCAUUCUCCUGCCUCAGCCUCCUGAGUAGCUGGGACUACAGGCGCCCACCACCACGCCCGGCUAAUUUUUUGUAUCUUUCGUAGAGACAGGGUUUCACCGUGUUACCCAGGGUGGUCUCGAUCUCUUGACCUCGUGAUCCGCCUGCCUCGGCCUCCUGAAGUGCUGGGAUUACAGGCGUGAGCCACCGCGCCCGGCCAACUAACUGCUUUUUUAAAUGAAACUCCAUUUUUAUUUGAAGGGAGGACUUUGAUAAGCUGUGGUUAUCCAGAAAUUGGGUAUUUGGCAGAUACCUUCUUGAAAAUAAAGCAAGCCUUUUACUUCAAGGAAGUAGUGGAGUCUUUGUUGCCAGUGAUAAAAUUUGAGUUUGCAAGUGAAAAUCAGAAUUUUGGAAAACAUGUAUUCGCCACCAUGAGCUUGACAGCUUUUCAGUAUUUAAAAGCUUUAUGAGUAUAGUAAUGAUAUUAACAAAUGUGAUUUUUGAUAUUGUAUAAUGAAAUGUAUCUACAUUUGGAAGAUCUGCAUAACUCAAGGAACCAGUAUUUUCACAAAUGAUCAAUGUAUGAUGUUACAGCAAAAUCAUGCUUGGGUAAACGAUUCAUUCAAAGUGAAAGACCAGUCACUUUUAAUGUAACAGAGUACAAAACGGUCAUUGAUACAGUUUCAGAUUUCACAUUGUGACUAACUCUUUAAGAAGCUACCACUUGUCAAGUUUUGGUGUAACAUGGAAAAAGAAUAUUAACAACUAUCCCAAAAGACUAUUAAAAUACUACUCCUUUUUCAAAUUGGGUAUCUAUUUGAGGCAAAAUUUUAAAAAUGUACUUCCCCAAACAGUGUAACAGUUUGAAUGCAGAAGCAGAUAGGAGAAUCCAGCUGUCUUCUAUUAAGCCAGACAUUAAAGAGAUUUGCCAAAAUGUAAAACAAUGCCACGUUCUUAUUUCUGUUUUGUUUUGGAAAACAUAGUUAUUUUUCAUAAAAGUAUGUUUAUUUCAUGUGUAAUGAGUUCAUGGAAUUUUAAAAUGAAUUAAUAUUUUAUAAAUUUUUCAGUUUUAAUUUCUAAUACAAUAAAGUACCAAUAAAUAUAACCCACAUAACAAAAGCUCUUUGGGAUUCUCAGUUUUUAAGAGUAAAAAGGAGGGAUCUCAGGCAACCAAGAACUUUCAAACCACUGAUUAUAGCUUACAAUGGAUUGAAAUAAGCUGAUCCUCAUGAAAUACUUUAGUUUCUUAUUUGAAAAUCUUUAUAGAAACAACACAGAGGAAAAUAAUUAGUAUCUACUUUUAUAAUGCUGAGUUAUAUUUAUUGGGCACUUAAUAUGUGCCUGACACUGCACUGAACACCAUACCUAUAUUAUCUCCUCUAAUCUUUAUCUUAUCCUGCAACGUAUAUAUUACCUUAGUUUUACAAAUCAGGGGGCUAAGGCACUGGCGGGUCAAGUAAUUGGCCCAAGCUUAUUUAAGAGGUAAGUAGUAGAGCCAAGUUUUAGACUUAGUUUAAGUUGAAAUUGAAAGCCUGUGCUUUUCAUCAUGAUGUUCUGCUGCCUCACAGAAAAGUUUGUAAGUCAGCACUGUGUCCGCACUGCUAAUUGAUCCUUAGGGAAAAGUGCAGAAUGCUGUUGUCUGAAGAUUGUUGAUGCAAGGUUGAGCAGUGGCUGAAGAUCCUGCGCAUGUUUUCUUUUUAUCCCAGGUCACGUAGUCUUGUACUGUUUUGUGGAACUGGAUCUUUAGAAGGUGGUUCUUUCAGAACUUCAGAACAGACCGUAACUGGAAGACUGUGGGCUUAGUUUCUUAUGGUUACUAGUAGUUAGUAUGUGAAUCUAGCUCAAGGUUGGAGAGAUUUUCAGGAUGGCUGUAGUUCAGUUGUCGUUGCUUGUGCUAGUUCUUUCAUUUCAUUCAGGGUUAUAGAAACUUUAGAUUGUCUGAAAAUGUUAUUUUCAGGAGUUUUCCCAUUGGGAGACAAGGAAAUGGGGAUGGAGUUGAAGUCAGGUGAAGGUGAGGAGAAUAGCACCAUUGCCCUGACCCCUGGCUUUUGGGUUAUUGUGCUGCAAGCAUCAGGUGACUGAAAAAGCAAACAUGAAAGUACAGAUUCAGAGAGGGAAAGUGACUCGACCCAGGCACCCUGCACAGGAACAUGUGUCAUCAUGGUUUCAGCUCUGGACGGUGAGAUCGCAGUGUGUUCUCAGGCCCUUGUUAGGAUUCUUAGCACAAUAGUUGUUUCUGCUUGGUGGGUUUGUUGAUUAAGAGCGCCUCAGAAGCAUUUAUAUUCACAGUAUCCCACGUGCCUUACUAACUCAACUUUAUAUUACAUAGACAGCCACUUUAAAAUUGUCUUGGUACAUGUAUUUUGAAAUUUAUAUGAACAGCUUUAUUUACAUUAUCCAUUAUACUCCUCUAUUAAAGAAUAUAUAUAUAUUUUAAUUUAUUAUACUCAUUCAACUUUCAUUGUUUUCUCCAACCUUUUUUACCACCUCAGUGGAAAUGGAAAUGAGAGUACCUGUUAUUGCCUGAAAAGCAGAGGAAAAAAGGUGUAACUCUUUUUAAGGUUUUUCGUCAUGUUUAACUCAUGUGUUAUUCCCAGAUUUUUCUCCGAUGUUCAUACUGUCUCUUGAAACCAGUCUUCCUUUUUUUCAGCACUAUUGUGGCCUGUGUAUAAUUGGUACUUGUCUUUCAGAUUUGUAUUCUGUAAACAGGCUUCGACGGGGCAAAUUUAAACUGUUGUAAAGAUUGCCUAUUCAUUUCUAAUACAUGUUUUGUGGUAGAAUUGAAUUGCUAAUUGUGUGAAGGGUUUUUGAAAAUGAGGGACAAACAAAAUGAGAACUUAUGAAUAGUAGCACAGUAAAAAAAAUAUACAAGAGGAAUAAGACCACCGUGCUUUCUUUUUUCACUUCUGAACUAGUCAAUAGCUUUGUAUUCCAGUGAUAAUUAACAAGGUUUCUAUACAUACACAAAAAUGAGGGGUAGUGAGAUAUAGAUGAUGAUAUAGAGAAUGAAGAUGGGAAAAAAUCCUCUUUGUAUUAAUACAUAUGGUAUAGGUACAGAGUGUUCCUUUAUGUAUAUAAUUUGAAAAGGGUGAGGGAGCUCCAAAAUAAGAUAAGGAAGUUGGUAGACUACAUGUUUUGUUAAUUCUUAUGUCAGAGUGCCUUCUCCUGGUGUGGAUGCAUUUCUAAGAUGAAUAGUUAAUUUGUUCUUGUUUCUUUUUCAAAGUCUCUUUGAGCAAAUGACAAAUUGAGAUGUCCUAGCUUUAAGGAGAGACCAUUGACAUUUGCCUAAUGCCUUCUCUUGUCUUAGGCUUUGCCUUGUAUUAAAGAAGUAUAUGACUGGAUGUGACUAAAAUGGUCUGGGAGGAGGGUUAGUAUUCUGUUUUCUAAAAUGGAUUCUGGGAUUGUUAUGUGCAAUUGGUGCUUUAGGAUGGGAGAAAAUCACCUAAGUGUAACUUCAGAGUGUGAGAAAGUGUGACCUGUCAACUGUUUUGGUUGGGUUUUCUGAUGUUGGAGUGGUUUGUUUCUUAAAUUUUGCUCUCAGGUUUGGGGUGGUAGUGAAGUUACUCUGAAAAUUCAUAAUUUUUCUAUAAUUAGUAACAGCAUCCCAGGAGUUUCAGAGGGAAAUGCCUUAAAAAAAAAAAUGAGAUGUGACAGCACGCUGCCACGCCGACGCAAACUCCGCUCUGCACGCCAGCUCGCCCGCACCACCCAUGGCCACAGUUCAGCAGCUGGAAGGAAGAUGGCGCCUGGUGGACAGCAGAGGCUUUGAUGAAUAUGUGAAGGAGCUAGGAGUGGGAAUAGCUUUGCAAAAAAUGGACACAAUAGCCAAGCCAGAUUGUAUCAUCACCUGUGAUGGCAAAAACCUCACCAUAAAAACGGAGAACACUUUGAAAACAACACAGUUUUCUUGUACCCUGGGAGAGAAGUUUGAAGAAACCACAGCUGAUGGCAGAAAAACUCAGACUGUGUGCAACUUUACAGAUGGUGCAUUGGUUCAGCAUCAGGAGUGGGAUGGGAAGGAAAACACAAUAAGAAGAAAAUUGAAAGAUGGGAAAUUAGUGGUGGACUGUGUCAUGAACAGUGUCACCUGUACUCGGAUCUAUGAAAAAGUAGAAUAAAAAUUCCAUCAUCACUUUGGACAGGAGUUAACUAAGAGAAUGACCAAGCUCAGUUCAAUGAGUAAAUCUCCAUACCGUUUCUUUUUUUUUUUUUUCGUUACUGUGUUCAAUUAUCUUUAUCCCAAACAUUUUACAUACAGCUAUUUCAAAGUGUGUUGGAUUAAUUAGGAUCAUCCCUUUGGUUAAUAAAUAAAUGUGUGCUAAUAAAAAAAUGAGAUGUGUAUAUUGAUGAUUAUCUUUUAAAAAAUAAUGGGAGGUUUAUGAGAGAGCUGGUGCACUUAAAGCCUGGUGGUUCAGUACGCAUAACCCCUAGAGCUCAGUUUUCAUGGAUCAAGGCAGAUUUGUAAAUAGAAGAAUAAUGAGUCAGUAUGGUAAAUGUCAAUGGGAAGAUUCGAACGAAGUGAGAUGGGAGCACAGAAGGAUGGAGCAACUAUAUUUGCUUUGAGGAGUCGAGGAGGGAAGGACAUUCUAAAAUUUUGAGAGCAUUAUAGAAUAGGUUACUCUUUUGUAAUUGUAGAGUUUAUUGUACUAUGUAUUUGCAUAAAGGGACACAUAAUAUUUAGUUAAAUACCUCUAUUCAUUGUGCAGUUUAUGUUUAGCACUGUGCCAGGUUCUUGGGGAAGGAGUUAAAAAAUAAAAGAUGUCCUGUUUCAGUACUUUCUUGGGAGUAGAGCUACUAUGUGAACAGCUUGAGUAACAUUUUGUUCAAGACUCAGUUGUGGGUAGCCAGGUACUGUGGUGGACUGGUGCUUUUGUUAAUUCUGGUUUUUUUCCUCCCUGCUGGUAAGCCACUUCAGAAAUGAUCAGUUUCAUUAAUGUAAAGUCAUAUUUUAUACCUCUACGCACUAAUUCCCGUGGACAUGACUGGUAGGUACAAUAAUUUUUGGGACUCCAGUGGUCAAUGAGUAUGUCUCAGGUACUUAAUUUCUUCCAUGGCUAACUAGUUUUUAGUGGGCAAAAGGAAAUUUGAGAGACGCUGCAUAAUUUGCUUUAGCUUGCAGGGUGUGUUAAGUAUUGAAUCACAUCUAUUAUGAUUAUGGAAUUUUGGUGUGUGUUUGAAUGUCAGAGAUAGUGUUAAGGUCAGAAUUCUGCUGAAAACUGACCCAUCUGAAAACCAGUAUGUUCACUCCAUUCCACUCUUCAGCAAGGCCAUAGUUUCCCUAUCAUGGUUCAUUUCUCCUUUUCCCUGCCCAUUAAAAGGUAGCAAAUUUUGGGGGUUCUUACACAUUUGGGGUUCUUAAAAUUGUUCUGUAAUGUGUAAGCUCGGCUGUCCACAAAUGAUUAUAGGAUUGACAUUUGUUAUUUGGUGGAGUUUGAUAUAUUAGAGUCAUAUAAAUGUGUUAUGCUUCAAAAUGAAAUACGGGAUUUUUAUUCACUAGUUUAUCUUUGUUUCAUUCCUUUCCAAAAGAAAAUUAAUGCUUAACUUGAACAGCUGAUUUUUUGCAUUGUUUCCCUUAAAAGCUUGCUAGCAUAGGAACAAAAGGUAACUUUUUUGUUUGCCUUUUAUUGUUUUCUGAUUGUUUGAUAUUAAGUUUUGGAUUGAUAUUAGAAAUAUUAAUAGUUUAUCCUAGGCAGGAGCCAGCUUCCUUUAAUAUGUGCCAGAUGAGCUUCCAGUAGUUUUUAGACUUUGAGAUUUUAGAAACCUCAUUUUCAGGGAUGGGUGACUUCACUGCUUUUUCUUUGUCUUAAUUUAAAAUUGGUAUGUAUGACCAAAGGAAUCUUUCUGACAUUCACUGGUCCUUUUUGGUAGAAUCGAAAUAGCGUAUGAGCAAUGGGCGUUUAAGUUAGAAAAUAUUCGUUUAUGUAAAAGUUAACCAGAAAUUACUGGAAUGUAGUAUUGGUCAAGGUUGUAGAGUCAAGUUAAUCAGUAUGAUUAAUGGGUAUUAGGAAUGGAAAUGUUGCAAUAUAAUGACAAGUCAUGAAUUGUUAAAAGAACAAUCUGUUGUUAGCCCAUUGAUAAACUUUGUGAGAUACUUAUUUGAGAGCAAAGUUUGAAAUCUUUCUUUUGCCGAUUAAACAUGACUGUCAUUUUGCCAUUUUCUGCUGUAUUCCAACCAUUACGUUCUAAGUGCUCAUUUAUCCUCACCAGGAGCCAGUGAAGAAGGCGACAUUAUUCUAGUUUUACAGAUGGAGAAAUGCAGCUUAUGUAUUAAGCAGCUGAUCAGGCAGCACAAAACCAGGGAAGUUAUUAGUGCUGGUAAUUGAACCUAGAUUUGUCUGGCUCCAGUCCAGUACUGUCCUGUAGAAGUAUAAUAUCAGCCACUAGGUAAUUUAAAAUUUCCUAGUUGCUACAUUAAAGGAGAAGUUUAUUUUAAUAUUU